AUGGUCGAACUCUAAAACAAUGCAACAAAAUCCAUGUUAUAUACAGCUAUGGAAGCUUAAAUUUGCACCCUUAGUAUUCAAAGAGACUUGAUGUUAAAAAUUAUGCAAGGAGAUAUCAUUAUUAAUAGCAAAUUCCGCAAACCUGUCCUAAAUAUAUAGAGAACCUAUAAUUAAAAUGAAGAUCCUUACCUUUUAAGCCUUUAUAAAAAUAAAGCUUCUUAUCUUAUUUCUAGUUGGAUCCCUGAUGAUUAACUAACAUAUUAGCAUUAAAAAGAUACUUUAGUUUAAGAAGAAUUGAACUAACUUUCGAAAGAUUAACUAAGAAAUUCUAGUAUAAUAGAUUUUGUAUAGAGAGCUUCACUUUUUGCAAAUAGAAUGUCAAGCAAUUCAUAAAAAGCUGUAAAAAUGAUAAUUGAAUCAUAUUAUCAAGCGUUCAGCUCUGAUGGAAUGUUUUUUGGGACAGGAGCAAAUAUGACAUAUUAAAACUUUACCGAUCAACCUCCAUGUCUUUAAAGUAAGUAUCAUUUAGACUCAAGAUGUCAGGAGUUUUUUAUAGCUUCAUUACUUAAACCUUAGCUUAUAAUGGCAGGUUACUCACCAAUUAAAUUUAAUUAUAAUAAUAAUAACUAGCCUUUAGUUGCUAUGGGCUUGUGUAAAAAAAUUUACACACCUUCUAACUAUAACUAAUUUUAUUAUGGUUUUCUCAAUUCAAAUCAAUCGAUAUUUUCUAUUAUUUGUAACGCUGUUUAAUUAGAAUAAAGCUAAUUAGAUUUUUAAAAACUAGGAAAUAAUGAUGCUCUAAGAAUUAUUAUUGAUUAUAAGUUAUUGAAAGUGGCUUAUUAAAGUAAUGUUUAAAUGUCACCUAAUACAAUUUAUACUUUAUAAGAUACCUACCUAAAAAAAUUAGAUUUAGAUUAAUAUUUAAAUAAGUUUAAUCCUAAUAACUAUCAUAUCUAUGGACUAGAUAUAAUCAUAAGCUAUAUUGCUAAAGAAGCAAAUAAUUAGUAUGAAUAUUGCAUUUGA